GAUGCCCGUUUUUGAUGUUAGAUGUGUGACGCAAUAUGUCGAGGCAAAGGCAUUUUUGUCGUGACGACGAGACCGGCGAGAUUAUCACGUACCUCGUUAACGCUGAGACGGGCGAGUCGACGCCAUGUUCGUCUACCGUCGUGCACGGGCCGCGCAAGUCCGUGCCUCCAACCGAGACCAUACAGUUUCCUAAGGGAUACAUGAGCAAGACGAAAAAAUUCCAAGCAUUAAAAGAGAAUAUAAUCAGAGGUUCGAACGUGUUUAGUCCAAGGUUGCUUCUGAUACCGAUGGCAGCAGUUUUUCCAGCAGUUCUGAUCAUGCUACUUAUGAUUGCCGAAGUGUUUCUACACGUCUGUUGCCACGAACAGAACAAGUCGCUGAAGGACCCAAGCCUGUACUACCGCAGUCCGCUACACAUGGUCACGAGCAUCAUCUGCGGAGUGUGCCGGGAGAACGAGAUGUCUUCCAAGAUCGGACAGCUGCAGGAUCAGAGGAGGUGCCGCUACGGUUACUUUAAGGGAAUGACUAUUUAGUAAUUUUAAUUUACAAGUAUUAACGCUCUCUUAUGUAUUGCAUAUUCACAAAAAAUUUAUAUAACUGUUACUGGAACCAGGUGGUAAUCCAAUAGGGUAUUUUAACAUGGAGGUUAGAAUCUAAACAAAAUACAGUAUAAUGAUUCAUUCCCUAUAACAUCCAUAUUUGUUAGCUAUAGUUGCGUCACUUUAAUAUUAAUUGCUAUUUUUAUAACGAAAUCUCUCUAUAGCGUCAAAAAACCUCCGCUCCCUUGAGUGUCGCUAUAUGUGGCAUUUUCUAUAAAAAGGGACCUUAUUGUCGAUGGCGCUUACGCCAUUAUAAACGAUGCUCCGAUAUAAACACAAUGCCGCGCGACGCUGUGCGGCGUAAGCGCCAUCGACAAUAAGGUCACUUUUCAUAGAAAAUGUCCUAUAUAGAGUUUACACUGUACUAUUUCAGCUACUUUUAGCCAUGUAGUUAUGCAGUCAAUAAAACAUUAAAUCCUUUUCAAUACAGAACUUGCCAGUAUGCUCAAUUAAGAAACUCAUAAUUCUCAUAAAGCUUAAUUUGUGCCAUUUUCGCUCUGUACUUAUUGUCGCUAUUUCCAUAUAGCUUCAAUUAGAAAUCAACCUUAUCAACAAGCGACAAUGUGGUACCUUUUGAAUUUUAACGACGUAUGAACACUAUUUUGCGAAGCAUUAAUAACUGUUUUUUGGAGUGUAGUUCAUUAAAAAUGAACAUAAAGAAUGAGCCAUUGACACCAAUGCAGGAAGACUUCGAUACUAAUUUUUAUGAUUCAGUGAAACCCGAAUAUUCUAAUGGAGGAAACUUGACGCCCAUGACGUCUUCCUACAAAUCCAUCUGUUGAGCUAUUUUUCCCGAAGCUCGUACGCCGAAGACUGGAACGCGCUGGCCGAAGAGAAGCUGCUGCUGCUGAUUACCUCUAAGAUACCACCACCAUGUUACCGGGUUAGUGUGAGGGUUAGUAAGAACACUUAUUUUAGGGUAAAUAAAGUGUUGUGUAGGGGUGUUGUAGAUAGACUGAAGAGGCUACUACUACUUUGUCAUCUUACACUCCCCUACUAGGGGUGUGAGGAGGCCAUUUCUGGGCUAGGCCCAUUUUGGCGGCUUCUGUCGCGGGCUGUCACUACAGCCCGGUCUGUUUGGGCCAGCGUUUAAGUUGCUGGCCUUUCUUCUUCUUUCUUGCUAGUAUAUGGCUUCUUGGCGGCCAUCUUGGCGGCCAUCAUGGUG